CAUUGCUACGACUCAACGUUAGGCAGAGAGUACUGUAAGGUACUUCUUACUUCUUACCUGAGCCUUACACAGCCACUAACUCAGGGAUCCAAGUAUACAUUUGCUGGAGGGAACGAAAAUGAAUCGGAACCAGGGGGGGCUUGGGAAAUCCAUGUGUGCAAGGAAGGUUGUAACUUGUGGGCCAGUUCUGGGGCUUCCGAGCCCGAGCCGGCGAGACGGAGCGGCACCACGAGGCACCUGGAGAAUCUGGAAAUUCCCAGCGGUGGAUUCGGGGGUCCGUGAGUGGGGCGGCAAGUUGGGUCGGUCGGGAGGAUGGGAUAAAGGAGGAGGAGGGCGAUUAUGGAGGAGGAGGAAGAUGCCGGGUAGGUGGUUUGAUAUCGUGAUAUUGUUGUGUUGGUUGAGUCAUGUUGUAUUGUGACUACCUAUUAAGAGAUGCCGAGGUAUAGACUGGAGAGUACUGUAAACUAGCAACAAGGUAAAAGCAUAAGAAGA